UAGCCACUAUGGAACAGAAGGAAGGUGACCCCAAUGUAUUAGGACUAAAUAAUUUAGGGGAAAGUGGUAUCACUGUACUACCAUCAGAGCAGACAUCAACAGAAACUACAGCAGAUACAGUAGCUAGAGCUUUUGAUACAUUAGCUAAAGCUAUACAACCUAAUUCUGGACAGCAGACCAGCUCCAGUACAUUAGACCAGUCGACACUGUCAGACAGUAUGGAUCAUUCUGGAGUUGAUUCUAUAGAUAAUUCUUAUGUUAUAGAUUUUGAAGGUCCAGUUUUAACAGACGUCAACUAUCAAUUUAACCUAACCACACCCUCACCCAUGCCUGCCUAUUUAAAUGUACAUUUUGUUUGUGAAAGUGCUUCUCGACUUCUUUUUCUCUCCAUGCAUUGGACAAGAUCUAUCAAUGCCUUUCAAAUGAUCAAUCCUGAUUUACAAACAACUUUAGUACGAGCUUGUUGGAGUGAAUUAUUUACGUUAGGUCUUGCCCAGUGUUCUAAUGUCAUGUGCCUUCCUACUUUACUGGCGGCCAUAUUGAAUCAUUUACAGUCUAAUUCCUCACAAGAUAAGAAUGGUUCAGAUCGAGUAAAAGUUACUAUAGAACAUAUCUUAAGAUUACAAGACUAUAUUACUGCCAUGCAGAACUUACAGCCUAGUACAGCAGAGUAUGCUUAUCUUAAAGCACUCGUACUAUUUCAGCCAGAUAAUCCGAACAUAAUCAACAAAAAACAAGUAGAAAAAUUACAAGAAAAAGUAGAAAAAGAAUUUGUUCAGUAUUCGUCAUCGGUAAACACGUCUGCCGCUGAACGUAUCUGCCAAUUGUUGUUAAGACUCCAGCCACUUAAAGCGUUCAACCCGAAUAUCAUGGAGGAACUAUUUUUCUCUGGAUUAAUCGGAAAUGUUCAAAUUGACAGUAUCAUACCAUAUAUUUUACGCAUGGAAACGGCCGAAUACAAUCUCCAAAUGACAGGCGGAGGAAUUUUCGGACAAGUUCCGUCUAGUACGCAGAAUUCAGACUUUCCUACGUCAACCGGCCAUUCUGUAAAUGGAGUUCCAAGUACUGGAAAUAGUUUAAUCUCAUCAGACUUUAGUGUUAGUUUAAAUACAAGCCAGAUGACAAGUGUACCUGCCCAAGGUUACGUCACUACUUCAUAG